AUGUCUGCUGAUGCUCAAAACGCCGCCGGAGGCCAACAAGCCGCUGCCGCCGCCGGCCAGAACUCGGGAACCAGCAGUCACAUGCCUCCCCCUCCCCUCCCGCCGGUGAUCAUCCCGCAGAACACGAACCCGAUUCCCACGGCCAUCACCUCGCCCAUGUCGGUUUCGGGCGUCACCUCGCCGACUUCCGGAGGAGGCUUCGUUCGUCGCGCUGCGCCUGAGCCCAACAAGCGUGCCCUUUACGUCGGAGGCCUGGAUCCCCGAGUGACCGAGGACAUCCUGAAGCAGAUAUUCGAGACGACAGGCCAUGUCCAGAGUGUUAAGAUCAUUCCGGACAAGAAUGCCAAGGGUUACAACUAUGGCUUUGUGGAGUACGACGAUCCCGGUGCAGCUGAACGUGCCAUGGCCACCUUGAACGGACGACGGGUCCACCAGUCGGUUAGUGCCUCUGAGGGUGGUGGCGCAGAGCAAGGAAACGGUCCUUCUGACUCGACGUCGUUCGUGCAGGAAAUUCGGGUCAAUUGGGCGUAUCAGUCGAACCAGGCCAACAAGGAGGAUACCAGCAACCACUUUCAUAUCUUUGUCGGAGACCUAUCCAACGAGGUCAAUGAUGAGGUCCUCACCCAGGCAUUCUCCGCCUUCGGUUCGGUUUCAGAGGCUCGCGUCAUGUGGGACAUGAAGACUGGUCGCUCCCGGGGAUACGGUUUCGUCGCAUUCCGCGAGAAGGUCGACGCCGAGAAGGCGCUCAGCACCAUGGACGGUGAAUGGCUCGGUUCCCGUGCCAUCCGCUGCAACUGGGCCAACCAGAAGGGCCAGCCUUCGGUCUCCCAGCAGGCUGCCAUGGCCGCCAUGGGCAUGACUCCUACCACUCCCUACGGUCACCACCACUUUCCUACACACGGUGUCCAAAGUUACGAUAUGAUCGUCACCCAGACGCCUCAGUGGCAGACUACCGUGUACGUCGGAAACUUGACUCCGUACACCACUCAGAACGACCUGGUGCCGCUUUUCCAGAACUUUGGCUACGUGGUGGAGACGAGGUUCCAGGCGGACAGGGGCUUUGCGUUCGUCAAGAUGGACAGUCAUGAGAAUGCUGCCAUGGCCAUCUGUCAGUUGUCGGGUUACAACGUGAACGGCAGGCCGUUGAAAUGCAGCUGGGGCAAGGAUCGUCCCCCGACUGGUCAGUUCGAUGGUUAUUCUCCCCAACAAUCCCAGACCCCGCAAUACCCUGCUCCCAAUACCCCCUCCGCGUACUAUCCCCAGUAUGGAGGUGGGCCGAUGACCCCUCAGGGACCUCCUGCAACUCUCAUCGGUAGACCUAACGCUCUUCCAGGACACGGACCCCAAUCGCCCGUCGGACCGUCCCCGGGAGGCCGAUGGCAAGACGGUAACGGAGGUUUCUCGCCCCAGCAGCAGCAGCAAGCCUACGGCGGAAUGCCUCAGGGCGGUAUGCAGCAAGGCGGAAUGCCCCAAGGAGGAAUGCCUCAAGGCGGUAUGCAACAGGGCGGAAUGCCUCAGGGUGGAAUGCCUCAGGGUGGAAUGCCGCAAAGCGCAGGAGGAUACGGCCGUGGUAACGGCCCGGCUACUCCGGGUGGCUGGGGCGGUAACUCUGCUGGUGGCUUCGGCGGCAAUGGUUUCGGCGGCUACCAGCAGUAG